CUUCCGCGUUUGUAGACUUUCUGGUUCGCUGCGAGUGUGCGCUUAAAAACAUGGAAAAUAAAGGCGUAAAAGCGAUUAUUUUUGACCUGGACAACACUCUGAUCGACACACACGGCGCAGGAGAGGUGGCUCUUCUAAAGGUUGGCGAGUUUCUAAAAUCCAGCUUGAAUCUCGACGACGCUUCCACCGAAACCAUCUGCAGCCGAUUCAAACAGAAACUUUACCACGAAGUUUUCAACCCGCUGUCGGGAAAAACCAUCGACCAGCUGCGCUCUCAGCACUGGGAGGAGAGCGUCCGAGAGACCGUGGGCUCCUGUCCCGGCGAGUCCUUCGGUUCGGACUGCUACAGGUUAUGGAAAUCCAGCCGUCUUCAGCUGCUCACCAUGUCCCCCGAGGUCCAGGCGCUCCUCGUCCACCUGAGAACGAGAUACAAACUGCUGCUUCUGACCAACGGCGUAACGCAAACUCAACGGGAGAAGGUGGAAGUCUCGAACAGCGAGGAGUUCUUCGACGAGGUUGUGGUGGGAGGAGAGCACGAGGAGCAGAAGCCGUCGGUGUUGAUUUUCAGGAUGUGUUUUGAGAUGCUGGGAGUGGAGGCUCAGGAUUGCGUUAUGGUCGGCGAUUCGCUCGAUACCGAUAUUCAAGGAGGGCUGAAGGCGAAUGUCAGAGCUACAGUUUGGAUCAAAAGACCAGGGAGCAGCGAGAGCGAAAGUAUUAAACCGCACUUCACGAUAUCGAACGUUCUGGAGCUGCCGCGAGUGCUGGCCCAACUUAACUAGAUCCACGUGUCGUUCGUUUUCAAAAUAAAACUAAAAUAAGAGAGUAAAAAAACUAAGAUUUUCUUCAUUAUUUGUCGCCAAAACCAAAAUGAAAAAACGGAUAAUGAUUCAUUUUUUCAGUUUUUGAUUUUGGGUUUAAAUGAAGAAUGGAAAAAAUGGAUAAUGGAUUAAACCAGGACUAAACCAGGACUAAACCAGGACUAAACAGGAGGACUGAACUAGGACGGAACCAGGACUAAAACAGGACCAAGUGUGCACCCACGUAGACUGUCGGGUGAUCGGGACUAAGCCCAGGACAAGGCCGGGACUGAGGCCGGGACUGAGGCCGGGACCAUACCAGGGGCAGGACUGAGACCGGGACUGAGAUCAGGAGCAGGACUGAGACCGCGACUGAAACCGCGACUGAGUCCAGGACCGAGACCGGGACCAGACUAGGAGCGGGACUGAGACUGAGACUGAGACCGGGACCAGACCAGGAGUGGGACCGAGACCAGGAGCGGGACUGAGACUGGGACUGAGACUGGGACUGAGACUGGGACUGAGACCGGGACUGAGACCGGGACUGAGACCAGACCAGGAGCAGGACUGGUACUGAGACCGGGACUGAGACCAGGAGCAGGACUGAGACCGCGACUGAGACCGAGUCCAGGACUGAGACUAGGAGCGGGACUGAGACCGCGAUUGAGACUGAGACUGGGACCGAGACCGGGACCAGACCAGGAGUGGGACCGAGACCGGGACCAGACCAGAAGCGGGACUGAGCCCGGGACGGAGACUGAGACCGGGACCGAGACCGACACCAGACUGAGACUAAGACCGGAGCGUGGUUCAGUCCUGGUUCAGUCCUGGUUUAGUCCUGUUUUAGUCCUGGGAUCAGUCCUGGAUCAGUUCUGGUUCAGUCCUGAUCACCCAACAGUCUACGUGGGUGCACACUUUGUUCCAGCUUUAAAUCCUUGAAUAAAAUGGGACAAAGAGAAUGUUUGGUGAAUUUCAUCAAGGGGAAAGACGUUAUUGUUCUUCUUCCUACAGGAUUUGGGAAAAACUUAAUAUACCAGUUAAUCCCGAUACAACAUACGUCACGACCAAACAGCAGCGAUUGGUUAAAUAAAAAAGUACCUGCCUACCGUCGAGCGAACGAAUCCUAACGCUGCGAGGUCAGACGGUUUCUACAAAGUGAUGAAUCAGACUAGUAUUGUUCUGCAUUUGAGCCUUGAGUGUUCAGAAAAUGUCAGUUUACACCUACCCCCCAUGUAAUUAUUUGACAAAUUAAGUGACUAAUUAAUACAUGUCGUGACCUGAGAGACAUGAGUCAAAAAUAAAAACACUAAAAUGACAAUCUGCUUGAUACUAUGAAGAUGUGAGUCAAAAAUGGCUAAAUUUUAGAUUAAUAUUGCAGUUUCCAGUUAUUUAUUACGAUUUACUGUAUGUAUAAACUCAUGUGCUGGACUUUAUUUUAUGUCAGAUGCCCUUCCUGGACCAAUACACACUAAACAUUCAGGUUUCUUCUUGUAGCUGGGAUUAGGAUUUGAAGACUUUUGUUGUAUUUCCUUUAACUUUUACAUUCAUGUUUCUCAUUAAACACUGUUUUUAUGUAUUAUAUGUUUAUAGAUACAUUUCAAUUAAGCAUUUCUUUAAAUCACAUCUACAUAAUUACAGUAUUGAUUGGGAUAAAAGCUGUAUCUGUCUGAAAUCAAUGUAUUAUUAAAUGAUUUUUUGGUAACACUUUAUAAUAACUACACCUUAUUUAGUCUUAAUAAAGCAUGAACAAAGACUUAAUUAAUAAUGAAAAAAGAUUUAAUUAAUAAUGAUUCACGCUUAGUAAAUGUUUAAUAAAGCGUAAUUCGUCUUCACUUUAGAAAAGCUCUCAAAAAGACUUAACAGAUAACAGCUGCCUGAAUUAUCAUUGCAUUGCAUUAUUAGUAAAUCAUUCUCAUAGUUUAAUAAUGAUGAAUAAAUGCUCAAAUGGUUAGUUCAUGAGUAAUUAAGUAUGAAAUAAUUAUGAGUAACUAUUUACAGCACAGGCAAAUUUAGUGCAAGUGUGAAUUAAGGCAGUAAUUAAGUAGUUACUAAGCGUGAAUCAUUAAGUUUUUAUUCAUUAUUAAUUAAGUCUUUGUUCAUGCUUUAUUAAAGGUUGUAUGGAGGAUUUUUUUUUGUUUCAAAUUGUCAAUGAAAGUUUAAAAUACCAUUACAGAGAUGCAGCAGCCUUGUAAUUAUGUUGACUAAAAAAAAAAAAAAGAAUGAAAAUCUAUCAACUAUGGACAUAGUGAGGGCAGAUAAACAUCAGCCAAUAGAAAACAAGGCUCCCUCAUUUUCUAUUGGCUGUUAGGUUGUCAAUCAAACUCCCUACGUUUCUAGUGUAAAUGACUCGCCGGCGCGCGGGGAUUAUGUGGUUUAUGCAGCGGUUCUUAGAGGUUUUUUAAACUGUAGUUUCCUCGCAGUUCACACAAAAUUUGUUGCGAUGGCGGACGAGAAUCCACGACCAGUUCGCCGCAAAAGAAAGUCUGUUUUUGAGGUCACCGAAAGAAGAAAAGAAGGAGAAAAGGAGCAAAACCAAACAUGUGAUUCUUGGAGAUUUCUUCCAGCGACUGCAUGAAUGAAGCAGACGAAGGGUCUAAAAACUGACACGUCGGUCGCUAAAUUAUUUCUAGACGGGUCACUUCAACAGUAAUUCUGAAUGUGCACCGGCUGUAAACAAACGUGAUUUCUAGAGUAAAGAGGCGGGAGGAGGUGUUUCUACUGAGGCUGUGGAGGAGGAAGGUGGUGUCACACAUGCACAACAUUUGAAAAAGGACUGUCGCUCUAUUUGUCUUCCCUUUAAAAAAUCCUCUAUACAACCUUUAAGGCUAAAUAAGGUGUAGUUAUUAUAAAGUUACCGAUUUUUUGUAUCAAAUAAUAAAUCGACUAACUGAUCAAAUGAAAUGUGUUUUAAAACAGGGUUAUUGUGAUGACGGUGUGUGAAAUGACCAACACUUUUUUUAGAUAUUCUUUUUAAUAAAAUAUAAGAUUGACAACAGAA